CACUGAUACUCUAAGAGCAAACAACGCGGGAAGGGAACGAGACAGAAGUGGCACCACAAUAAUGACAUGGAAGGGCCUGCCAUUUAUAAUAAUUUUAUCGCUCGUCUUCUCUGAUGCGCAGGAUAUCAGAAGCAUCCAGCAAAUAAGGCUGGUUGGCGGAAGAACCAUAACCGAGGGAAACUUACAGGUGGCAGUUAACGGUGUCUGGGGAAGUGUGUGUGACGACGGCUUCGGUUUCGCUGAAGCUGACGUUACUUGCCGAGAACUUGGUUUCGAAGGCGCUGAUUAUUUCACCUGGAAUAACCAUUUUGGCAAUAAUUCUUCAGAACUGAGGCGCGGCCAGACCAAGUACUGGCUGGAUCGACUGAACUGCGACGGCGUCACUCGCUUAGCAGAAUGCUCGUCCAGCCAGCUUGGAAUGCAUGACUGUGGUCCGACAGAGAUUGCAGGAGUGAUGUGUCGGACGAUCCACUCCAAGUGCUCUGGCCAAGAAUUCCCUUGCAGUGACAGAGGAGGCUGUGUGGCGCGUUCCCUCGUGUGCGAUGGCAGUGUUCACUGUUCGGACGGGAGUGAUGAGAAGGAGGAGCUUUGUGAGGACGUAGGCGUGAUCAGGCUGAGGGAAAGUAGCAGACGCUUCGAGGUACCCGGAAUGGUAGCUGGCACGGUGGCGGUGAAGAGGCGGGGGUCCUGGUCCUCCCUUUGUGGCCGUUUCUUAGUCAGCGAUGCCAGAGUGCUGUGCAGGAGUCUGGGCUACGGCGGCGGUUGGACGGUGCCGUUGUACAGGGGGUACCUCGGGAAAGGUCUCAGCCCGGCCAUCCAAUCCCUGCCACAGUGCGAGGGACACGAGGCGUGGAUCGGCGAGUGCCCUGGCGAGACGUGGGGCGAGGAGCGCUGUCCGAUCGGCCUGGAACUGGGUGUCCUGUGCUCUGUAGAGGAUGUAGCCGUGAGACUGGCGAACGGGCGGCUUGAGGUCAGGCUGGAACGGUUUCCUUGGGCCAGCGUCUGCAGUGUGGGAUUCGAUGAUCUGGAUGCCCGGGUGGUGUGUCGCAUGAUGGGCCACGAGGGGGAUGCAAUUGCAACGUCCGGUCUCCAGCAGUCGCCAGGCUCCGUUUGGAACGUCAUUAUAGACUGCGUCGGGCACGAGGUUCAACUGCAGCAGUGUAGACUUAGGCUUAUGAAUAGCAGAUGUCAAACCGCCGCAGGUGUCUCUUGUUCUAGCAAAAAAGGGGAAGUAGAUGCCAAGCUGAGGUCCCUUCUGCCUACGGAUUGCGGGGUUCCUGAAGACUCUUCGAGACGGUAUAUCGGAGGGCUGGCAAAGAGCCGAGGUGGAAUCAUUCCUGCUCUUUUUGAUUUCCCUUGGCUGGUUUCCUUACGCAGAAAAGAGCACCCAGGAGGCGGCGCCCUAAUUUGUGGAGGAUCUGUUAUAUCUGAAGACUACAUAUUGACGGCAGGGCAUUGUUUGAGACUAAGAGCCGACCUCGAGAUCGUAGUCAGAGCCGGUGACUACAAUUCCCGCUUCGUUGAAGGCAGUUUUGAGCAGGAGUUCGAAAUUGACAAGGUAUGGGUCCACGAGCGCUACGAAGAACAUGAUCGUUUUGACAACGACAUCGCUCUUAUCAAGAUUCAGCGAAGGAAUGGAAGAGGCUUCAGGUUCAGCGAGAGAGUGAGGCCAGUGUGCCUGCCCUCUUUCGACGCCUCCUACGAUGACCUUGGGGCUUGCAAGCUGGUGGGCUGGGGCGAGACCAACUUCAAUGCCGGGGCGACAUCCCGGCCCCGCGAGGUGACCACCUUCGUGUUGCCAGACUAUUGGUGUGACAACUUCUUCGAUGGCAGCGUGAGCUACACCUCCUCGCAAGUAUGCACAGGCGGAGGAUCCUCGUUAAAUCGGAGCGGCUGCCAUGGCGACUCGGGGGGUCCCUUGGCUUGUCUCACGAGGGGAAGGUACACGCUCUACGGCCUGCUCUCCUCCGGUAGCGGCUGCAAGUCCGACAAAAUUAGCUUUUUCAACACCUACACGAGGAUAGUCAAGUACCUGCACUGGAUUCAAGAGAAGAUUGCAUCGGCCGGGGGACGCCAGAGUGGCUAGCUGUUCUGAGUUUCUUUGGAAAUUCUUUUGAUAGAAUUCACUAUACAUCUCUGAAAGUAAUACAAAUUAGUGAUCAGUGUAUAAUCAAUACUUUUAGAUGUUGGGGAUAAGUAAAAAGUAUAUGAAUAAAUAAUACUUAGAUAUACAUUAUCCAUCUAAGCUAUUGGCAGUUGUAAGUGUAGCAGCCCAAUUAAGAAAGUAAAGAUGAAUGUUUUCAAAGAUUAUGUUUCAAAGUUGAAUACAUAGACGGGUAUUGGAACGCGGUUGUUUACUUCAACAGCAGCUGUGGUCGCUUAACAGCACCAGGCCCUAUUCUAGGGUAUAUAUGACCACGUGGCCACAGUUGUUACGUUCCGCAUUGUUUUGUUUGCAGUUUUACGUAUGAGUACGGACAUGGAAGCUAUGGAUGAACAUGUAGAAAUUGUAUACAGUAAACAAAUUCCAACAAAAAAGGGCGAGGCCGCAGCGACACAUAUGUUGGUCUCCGAAAAAAAUUAAGUAUUCAGAAUACGCAACGAUACAUAGUUGAAGCUAAUAAUUACUAGCCAAAUAAAAUAAUUUUGCUAAAACUUUUGUGACUGUGAGGUCAUCCAUGAAAUUAUUUUUUGGUAAGGGACAGAAAUAUGAAAUGGAGAACUUAAUACUUCUUUACAGUUAUGAACGCUGAUGUUACUAUUAUCAAUAUUGAUCACUUAUUAUUAUUAUUUCUUUUUGUUUUACCUAGUGUAUUUUUCUUUCAAGAGUAAUUUGCGAUACUGGACAUAUUACUGUAGUAGUACUUAGGUGAUUGCAUGAUCCUCCUUGUAUAUUAUUGACUUUAUUCAAACAGAUGCAUGUAAACACA